AUGGCACAAAGGACUGUCUUGAAGAUAGAUCUUUCAUGCCAAAAAUGCAAGAGAAAGUUUCUCAAGUCAGUGACUGCACUGGAAGGUGUUGAUAAAAUAGAAGUUGAUGCCGCCAAAGGAACAGUAAGCGUGACAGGCAAUGCAGAUCCGUACAAGAUAAUAGUCAGCGCUAGGAAAGCAGCCGGCACACAUGCUGAUGUGGUGAGCGUGGGUCCGCCGGAGGCACAAAAGAAGCAGGGGGAUAAAAAGGCGGAAGAUCAGAAGAAGAAAGCUGAUGGUCAGAAAAAGAAGGCCGACGAUCAAGCUUUGGUCCAUCCCCGCGCCUGCUGGGAAUGUCAAAGAGUUGUUUUAGUGCAAUUGGAUCAUGGCUAUAAUGAACCAAGCCCAUUAUGUUCUAUCAUGUGA